UACUCUCGUUCUGCAGGUGGCACGACUGGCGGCGCCGGUGGCUCGUCAACGACCGUCUCGGACCUCGCCUCCCUGCGCAACGCGGUCAAGGGCGACUCGGCCGCAAUCAUCUACAUCUCGGGCGUCAUCAAGGGCGACGGCGAGACGAUCAAGGUUGGCUCGAACAAGUCGAUUCUGUCGAAGAACGGCGGCGGCAAGGAUGGCCUGACCGGCGGCGGUUUCCUCGUCAAGGAGGCCAAGAACGUCAUCAUCCGCGGUCUCGCAAUGCCCAAGUCGCCUGCGCCGACCGACCUCGUCGGAAUUCAGGAGUCGACGAACGUUUGGGUCGACCACUGUACCUUUACCUCGUCGCUCGACGUCGACAAGGACUUCUACGACGGCCAGCUCGACAUCACGCACGCCGCCGACUUCGUCACCGUGUCGCACAACAUAUUCCAGCAGGCCUGGAAGACCUCCUUGGUCGGCCACUCGGACAACAACGGCGCCGAGAAUAAGGGUCACCUUCGCGUCACGUACCAUGGCAACCACUUCUUCGACGUCAACUCGCGUGUUCCGUCCCUGCGCUUCGGUACCGGCCACAUCUUCAACAACUACUACGAGAGCGUCCUUGGCUCGGGCAUCAACGCCCGCAAGAGUGCCCAGGUGCUCGUCGAGUCGAACUACUUC